GAAAGAAGCAGACAUACAUGCUGGUAAGAUGAGUAUGGUACAGUUGCAAGGGCGGGACCAGUUGCUGACAGCACAAAAUGAAAUGCUCAAGGUACUCUACUCUACUGCUUCAUCAUAUAUGUCUGCAAGUUUGGUUGGCAGUUUCCCUUAUUACAGAUGCGUUGGCUGCAUCUGGUCAGGCGUUGAUUGCUAGUUCGGUUUCAAAAGGGAAUUAUAGAUCUGUGAAGGAUAUCACAUACUUCGUGUUGACUAUUGGUUUUGUGAUGGGUGUUACUUUGGCUGCAAUAUUGGGAGUUUCAUUUGGUUCCAUAGUCACACUGUUCACUAAGGACAUUGGAGUAUUGGCGAUUGCUAGAACCGGGGUUUUGUUUGUGAGUGCUAGUCAGCCUUUGAAUGCUUUUGCUUUUAUUGUUGAUGGUUUGCAUUAUGGAGUUUCAGACUUCCCGUAUGCUGCUUAUUCCAUGGUAUGCUUUUUUUUAGACAUGAAUAUAAAAUUACAUAUUUGCCCUUGGAUUAAUAUGUUUUCACUGUAGAUGCUUGUUGGGAUUUUAUCGUCUGUAAUUGCAACUUGUUAUGAGAUGGUAUUACCACAUUUUUCAUACUAAUACUAAUUACUAAGGCAGAUUUCAUUUGAAGUGUCUCUUGGAUUAAUAAUAGCACAAUGUUUAUCAGGCCAAAACCAUUGCAUUUUGCAAUAGUUGAUGAACUUGAUUAUGUCCUAAUUGAUGAGGAAGAAACCCAUUGCUGAUAAGGGGUGAGGCUAGCAAGGAUGCUGCACGUAACACAGUUGCUGCUAAAGUAGCUGAGCUUCUCAUGCGUGGCCUCGUAUUUUACUUUUUUGCCCUUCUUUUUCCUUUUUGAUGUCUUGUUAUCCAUCUCCAUUGUAUGCGUAUCUCAUUGUUUGUUCCACUACACAUCAUGUAAAUUUAUAUAUUGUAACAAAUAGAAUUGUAAGACAUUAAAUUUUAUGAAAUGGAUUAUAUUUUUUGUA